GGUGUCAAGAGAGAUGGCAAGGUGGUAUAUCAUGCUUCUUCUUGCUCUUGCUGUAGCUCAUACUACUGCUAGAGAUGUGCCCAGUGCCAAGAGUCUCAGUGAUCAAAAGAACGUCGUCUCCUUUGGUGGAGUCGGAGGCUACAGCGGCAUUGGCGGUGAUGGACUGCCUAUUGGUGGAGUAGCUGGUGGAGUUGGCGCAGGUGGAGGUCUUGGUGGGGUCAAUGGAAUUGGAGGCAUUGGUGGUGCAGUUGGGUUUGGUGGACUCGGCAGUGGCUUGGGUGGCGCUGGCGGCUUGGGAACUCUAGGUGGUGUCGGUGGUGGUGUUGGUGGCGGUGCUGGUGGUGGCACCGGUGUCCUUCCUUAUCCUUGAAGUUAUGGUUAUAUGUGUUCGCUUUGCGUCUAGUUAACUGUUCUAUGUGUGCCAGUUGAAGUUAGUUGUGUUUCCUUUCAAGAUUUCUAUGUAAUGUUAUUUUAGUGAAUU